AUGAAACAAGAAAUUAGUGUUGCACUUGAAUUACUUUCAUCUUAUGUUGAAAGAUUUGGUUCUAUUAAACAAGAAAGUAUCGAACAAUUUCGUACACAACUUGAAAAAGUUUUACUCGAACGUUAUCAAGGACAUUGGUAUCCUGAUAAACCGAUCAAAGGACAAGCAUAUCGUUCACUUGAAUUCAAUGAUGAAAAUGAUUUUUGUGAUGUUAUUGUCGCUCAAGUAUGCCGUAAAUUAGGUUUCACACCAAGUUUACUUGGUAUUCGACAUCAAUUAACAUUAUGGAUUGAUCCAUGUGAAGUAUCAGUUAGAUUGGGAAAUCAUGUUCACCCAAAAGAUAAUCAACAAUUAAUUGUUGCUCGAUUUGAUAAAGAAGGAAAUGAAUUGAUACAUAAUGAUCUCGAUACAUUAUUUUCUGACUGUCGUGUACCUAUGGUUAAUACAUCACGUGUAUCACCAGUUAAUUCAUCACCAUGUGAUUCAGCUAGUUGUUCAGGUGCAUCAACACCACAACGUACAUCAUCUCCUUUUCCCGUAAUGCAACCAUCUAUGUAUUACAAUGCACCAUUAUUUACACCACCAAGAGCAUUAUCACCACAAGCUCCAAUUUUUCAAAUGUCCUCAUCAUCUCCAAUAAAUGUUCCAUUAAAACCACAUCCAUUAGAAACAAGUAUUAAUAAUUUGGAUGAAAAUUCACCAAUCGAAGGAAAUAAUAGUCAACCUGAUCGUUCGGAUACACCACAUUCAAUGCUUAGUACAACAUCAAAUGAAUCAUCCGACAGUGGUUAUUGUGGUUAUGUUGAAAGUUAUCCAUAUUAUUAUAAACUUAAUCGUUUAUAUAAAGCAUUAGCAUUACAAAAACAUUCCUCAAGUCCAAAUCCAACCGGUAAAAAUUCACAUCAUCGUCGUAUGCCAAAUCAAAUGUAUCAACAACGACAAAAUUACAUUCCAUCAUUUGCUCCUAGUUCACCACCAACACCAACACCAAUGAAUAUUGAUCGUGUAGCUCCUUAUUUUACCCAACAAACAUUCCUUCAAAUACCAACGACUGCUACUGGUAGUCGAAAAUCUAAGUAUUAA